AUGUCAGCACCAAACAACGCACCCUCACCAACGGCAGCUGUAGCUCCCACUGCUGCACCUGGUACCCAGCCUGGGAGGGGAGACAUCCAAGUUGCCGAUGAGCCGCAACUCGCGAUCGAUCCCCAGGCCCAGGGUGUGGACGACGCGGCGUCAGACAUUGGAAGCAGCGUUGCGUCUUCGAAGACCAGCUUGGCAGAAUCGAUUUACAACUAUCGCGUUGAAAACGGCCGCACGUACCAUAGGUACAAAGAUGGAAAAUAUUCCUACCCUAACGACGAAAGGGAGAGCGACAGAUUAGAUCUGCAGCAUCACCUGUUUCUUCUUACUUUGGAAGGCAAGCUCGGUCUUUCUCCUCCAAACGAAGAAGGUUCUAAGGUCAAACGCGUCCUUGAUGUGGGGACUGGAACUGGGAUAUGGGCCAUCGAAUUUGGCGACCUUCACCCGGAAGCAGAGAUCAUAGGUGUAGACCUAUCUCCUCCGCAAGCAGAGGUGCCCCCCAAUGUUCGAUUUGAGGUUGAUGAUAUCGAAGAGCCCUGGCUGUUCUCUCGGCCGUUCGACUACAUUCACAGCAGAAUGAUGACAUCCAGCAUUUCGAACUGGAAACAAUUGGUUCAAAGAGCUUAUGACAAUCUUACGCCGGGAGGAUACCUCGAGCUCCAGGAAAUAGACCUUAUGCCUCAGUCAGACGACGGCACCUUGAGGUCGGAUGCUGCUAUUGUCCGGUGCUUUGCGCUACUUGGACAAGCCGCCACCGUGCUUAACCGGUCUUUUCAGGAUAUUCCAGAUCUUGCAAAUGCCAUGAGGGAUAUCGGGUUCAUCGAUAUCCAUAUCAAAAAGGUAAAGUGGCCCACGAAUACAUGGCCAGCAGACCCUCGAUACAAGCUCCUCGGCGAAUGGGCGCACGAGAAUUCCAUGUCUGGUAUCGAAGCCUGGACCAUGGCUCCUCUGACCCGAGGACUUGGGUGGAAGAAGGAGGAAGUUGAGGUUUUCUUGGUUGAGCUCCGCAAGGAGUUCAGGGAUCGCAGUAUCCAUGCGUAUUGGCCGGCUGCCGCAGCGGCGGCGGGUACAGCACCCGCAGCUACCGCGCCGUCUGCAGCCUCGCCCACCGCUCAACCCACUGCAGCCACAGCUCAGCCCACGGAGGAGGAGCAAAUUGUGCCUGACGACGAGCAACCUGUCGACGACGCAGCAUCUGACCUUGGAGGCAGCAUCGCUUCCUCAAGCACGAGUUUGUCGGAGUCGAUCUAUAACUAUCGCCUCGAGAAUGGACGCACUUAUCACCGGUACAAGGAAGGCAAAUACCAAUAUCCCAAUGAUGACAGGGAACUUGAGAGACUGGACCUGCAGCAUCACAUGUUCGAUCUCUGUCUUGACGGGAAGCUUGGUGUGGCACCACCCAAUGACAAGGACUCUGGUGUCCGUCGUGUCCUAGAUGUCGGCACCGGGACUGGCUUGUGGGCAAUCGAAUUUGGAGAAGCCCAUCCUGAAGCUGAGAGUAAACCCUUCAUUGCGGAAUCCUCGCACAGCCAAAGUCUGACAUUUGUUAGGGUCCCUCCCAACGUCACCUUCGAAGUAGACGACAUCGACGAGCCCUGGAUCUACAGCCGCCCGUUUGACUACAUCCACUCCCGAAUGAUGAACUCUAGUAUCGCCGACUGGAGACAGUUCAUCCAAAGGGCUUACGACAACCUCACGCCCGGCGGCUAUCUCGAGCUGAAAGAGGUAGACCUCAUGCCUGAGUCCGAUGACGGAACGCUUCCCACGGAUUCCGCCCUGAACAAAACGUACACACUCAUCGGCGAAGCCCUCAAAGUUUUCGGGCGCCCGUUCCAGGACGUGCUUCCGCUGGUUAAUAUGAUGAAGGAGGUCGGAUUCGUCGACCUUUACGUCAAGAAGUUCAAGUGGCCGACGAACACGUGGCCAAGGGAUAGCCAUUUUAAAGAGAUUGGGGAGUGGGCGAAUAUCAACUAUCUCUCAGGCAUCGAAGGUUGGGUUAUGGCGCCAUUUACAAGAGCUCUCGGCUGGAAGAAGGAGGAGGUCCAGGUCUUGCUCAUUGAUGUUCGGAAAGAGUUCAAUGAUCGUAACAUUCAUGCUUACUGGUCCUGGUACGCGAUCUACGGAAAGAAGCCAGAGGCAGACACGCAGUAG